GCCCCUUUGUUGGCUCAGUAGCGGUAGCAGCGGCCGUGGAGGUGGCGCUGGGGACUGUUUUCUCUCCGAGGCCGGUGCGGAGCCGCGUCUGAUUGAGGCGGGCGACGAGCGGCCCCCUCGCUCCCUCCCUCCCUCCUCCGCGCCCUCCCCGCCGCCGCCAGCCGCCAACCGCCAACCGCCGCGCCCGGGGAGGAGCUGCGGCCCGCGGGGCCGGAGCCAGGCCUGCGUCCGGACAUCAGCCGGAGCCGGAGCGAGAGCCGGGGCCUCGGCGUCCCCGCCCUCUCCCCGCCUUAGGGCCAGCGUCUGCCGGGCCCCCGCGCGUCGCGCCAUGGACUCGGACGAGGGGUACAACUACGAGUUCGACGAGGACGAAGAGUGCAGCGAGGAGGACAGCGGCGCCGAGGAGGAGGAGGACGACGACGACGACGAGCCGGACGAUGAUAACCUGGAUCUGGGCGAGGUGGAGCUGGUGGAGCCUGAGCUGGGCGUCGGCGGGGAGCGGGACGGACUGCUGGGCGGGGAGACGGGCGGUGGCGGCGGCAGUGCUCUGGGGCCCGGCGGCGGCGGCGGCGGCAGUGGCGGCGGCGGCGGCGGGUCGGGGCACGAGCAGGAGGAGGAUUACCGCUACGAGGUGCUCACAGCCGAGCAGAUUCUGCAACACAUGGUGGAAUGUAUCCGGGAGGUCAACGAGGUCAUCCAGAAUCCAGCAACUAUCACAAGAAUACUCCUUAGCCACUUCAAUUGGGAUAAAGAGAAGCUAAUGGAAAGGUACUUUGAUGGAAACCUGGAGAAGCUCUUUGCUGAGUGUCAUGUAAUUAAUCCAAGUAAAAAGUCUCGAACACGCCAGAUGAAUACAAGGUCAUCAGCACAGGAUAUGCCUUGUCAGAUCUGCUACUUGAAUUACCCUAACUCGUAUUUCACUGGCCUUGAAUGUGGACAUAAGUUUUGUAUGCAGUGCUGGAGUGAAUAUUUAACUACCAAAAUAAUGGAAGAAGGCAUGGGACAGACUAUUUCGUGUCCUGCUCAUGGUUGUGAUAUUUUAGUGGAUGACAACACAGUUAUGCGCCUGAUCACAGAUUCAAAAGUUAAAUUAAAGUAUCAGCAUUUAAUAACAAAUAGUUUUGUAGAGUGUAAUCGACUGUUAAAGUGGUGUCCUGCCCCAGAUUGCCACCAUGUUGUGAAAGUUCAAUAUCCUGACGCUAAACCUGUUCGCUGCAAAUGUGGGCGCCAGUUUUGCUUUAACUGUGGAGAAAAUUGGCAUGACCCUGUAAAGUGUAAGUGGUUGAAGAAGUGGAUUAAAAAGUGUGAUGAUGACAGUGAAACUUCUAAUUGGAUUGCAGCUAACACAAAGGAAUGUCCCAAAUGCCAUGUCACAAUUGAGAAGGAUGGCGGUUGUAAUCACAUGGUCUGUCGUAACCAGAACUGUAAAGCAGAGUUUUGCUGGGUGUGUCUUGGCCCUUGGGAACCACAUGGAUCUGCCUGGUACAACUGUAACCGCUAUAAUGAGGAUGAUGCAAAGGCAGCAAGAGACGCACAAGAGCGAUCAAGGGCAGCCCUGCAGAGGUACCUGUUCUACUGUAAUCGCUAUAUGAACCACAUGCAGAGUCUACGCUUUGAGCACAAACUCUAUGCUCAGGUGAAGCAGAAAAUGGAGGAGAUGCAGCAGCACAACAUGUCCUGGAUUGAGGUGCAGUUCCUGAAGAAAGCAGUUGAUGUCCUCUGCCAGUGUCGUGCCACACUCAUGUACACUUAUGUCUUCGCUUUCUACCUCAAAAAGAAUAACCAGUCCAUUAUCUUUGAGAAUAACCAAGCAGAUCUAGAGAAUGCCACAGAGGUGCUCUCGGGCUACCUUGAACGAGAUAUUUCCCAAGACUCUCUGCAGGAUAUAAAGCAGAAAGUACAAGAUAAGUACAGAUACUGUGAGAGUCGACGAAGGGUUUUGUUACAGCAUGUGCAUGAAGGCUAUGAAAAAGAUCUGUGGGAGUACAUUGAGGACUGAGAAAUGGCCCUGCAUAAAAUGAACUCUGAAAACUUUACCAUCUAGAGUGCUCAUGCAAUUAAAACAAACAAAACAAAGCAAACACAAACAAGGAGGCACUAAGCCUAUUCUGACACCGCUGGUCUGUAGUACCAGAAUUCUGUUUUGUUAACGGAAAGUUAAAGUAAAUUAUAUUGUAAUAAUAAAAAAAAGGUAGAUAAACCAUUGUACAACAGUAUUCUAGGCCGCCAACAAAAGUGUGACAGACACACUAAAAGCCCUCCAACUUUAACUUGUAACGUAGCUUCAUUCUCAAAGCUGACUCUUCUUUUUCUUUUUCUUUUUCCUGAGUGUAGUACAGUUAAAAUUUAAAACAGCUCCUUGACACUGCUUUUCAUGUCCAAACCAGCCAUUUUGUUGUACUUUGGUAAAGGACCUCUUCCCCUUCCUCCCUACACAUACAAAUACACCCACACACACAGACUGUCUCUCUCUCAUACCCCAGGGUCAUGAGUGAAUGAUGAUUAGUUCCUUGUAAAGAAAAUUCUUGGGUUGGGGAAGAGGGUAGACAGAAAGAGGAAUUAAACAAACAAAAAAAAACCACAAAAAAACUUUGUAUAUGACUUUUAAAACAAGAGGACAACACAGUAUUUUUCAAAAUUGUAUAUAGCGCAUAUGCAUGGACAAAGCAAGCGUGGCACGUGUUUGCAUAAUGUUUAAUUACAAAAAUAUUUAUUCUUUAAAAAUCUUCAAGAUUAUGUCUAUUUGCUGUGCAUUUUUCUUUCAGUUUGCUUUUUCUUUCCAGGGUUGAGGGUUGGGAUAAAAGGCGUGUUGGUUUAGCACCUCUGGAAGACCUAACUAGAGCUCUUUGAGUUCCCUUUCCUGAGAUUACUUUGCCCUCUCGAGUUUCGAUGUGUCUGUUGCUAGGCAUGGUGUCAUGCCCUGAAUUCCCAGCUCCUGGUCGGGGACAGACAGGGGCAUCAAGUUCUAACUAAAUGCCGUGGCCUGAUAAGGGUUGCAACAGGGAGCUUUGUUGCUGCAAUUCCAGAAGGACGCUGUCCCUAACCUCAUCCCUCUCCAUGGCUUCAUGCAUCUAUAUAAGCCUUUGUGUGUCCAUGUCAUACACACAGCUGAAGGCUUCCUAGGCUUCCUAUCACAUCCAGAGGAAACAUUUCAAAAAAUUUUUUCCCCUUGAUUGCUGCUUUGAGCCUUUUAAGAUUUUAAUUAUGGCUCUUCUCUUACCCCUUCUUUACGUUAGGUGUCAAAUAGAAUGUUUUUGCUUUAAAUAUAAAUAAAUAGCCAUUCACUUAGUUUCAGGUUGUGAAUUACAAAUGGCAGAUACUGAAAUUGCUUGUGUGUGUUGCUGUGGGUUCAGUUUGAAGGUAAACACCCCCAGAACUUGAUAUUCCCAUCUAGUGCAUUUAAAUAGAAAUCACUGAGUUUGCUUCUUUUCUAUUGUCAGCAGAUAGGAGAAUUAAUAAUGCAUUUUAGCUGUGAUGUCCAUUUUUAUGAAAUUUCUACUAAGAGCUAUGUUAAAAGUAAAGGAUGGUGGUGGUUUUAUUAACUACAUAUCUGUUUAGGCCAUUCUGGCUGUGGUAUUUUUCAACAGGUCAUUGUCCCUAAAUCUGUCAGUUUUAUACAGGAGCACAGAGUGAACUAGGCAACUAGAUUAAGAGGUCUCAGUACUAAAUACCAAUUUUGGCUGAAGGACCUCUUUGUCUUCCAAAAUGUGCCUAGGGAGUGUUUACCGUUUGUGAGGCAGCUUUGCCUGCUCUUGCAUUGUACAUCUUACUACUCCAUUGGGAAGUAGGUUCACUUUCCUCUGGCCAUUUGCCUAAGUUAGGCUUUGCUAAAUCAACCCUACUUUUCCUUUUAGAAAGGUGGUUACAUGAGAUGUACUUGCAACUGUUCUUUUCCCAUCAAAAAUCAGUGAAUAUUUGCAGAGUAUAUUAUGCUGCUUCCUUAAAUCACUUGUUGCUUUAGGAUCAACAUUACCUGUACCUUUUAUUCUCCCCUUCCUUGCCACCUCAGGUGCAAAUCUGAACUCACUGUCUGCUCUCACAUUCUCUUCUCCUUUCCUUUCCCUGUCAUCCAUUUGACUUUAUUUUAAAUGACUGCAUCAAUCUUAAAAGACAAUUAUCAAAACUAAGGAAUUUUUUUUUAAGAAAGUUUGAGUAAGUCCUUCCCCUCAUAACUUCAAAAAGCAGCCAGAGUUGCUAUCUAGAUUUAUGUGGUUCCCUUAAAAUGUUUUGUGUAUGUGUGGUGUUUUAAAAAAUCUUACCAGUUAAUUGCAGUAUGUAGGUUUGAGUGUCAUAAACCCUCUUUACAUGGUCCCCUUAAAACAAGUAUCCACAACCAAUGUGUGCAGUUCAUAAUAUCAGCCCCCACCCAUGGAAGAACAGUGCUUUUUAGAGCUGCUUUGUAGUUCCAGUGUUGGCAUAUUACCUGAGGGUAUUGCAACUGUGGGUGCAUUCUCUAAUUUGUAUGGGUAAAGGUGAACUGGCCUUUAGAACUUCCAAGCUUUUACCUGCUAUCUCCAUAUUUGAUAGAAUUCCCAGAGUUAAUUUCUUUCAAUGUUAGUAACUUCAGUGGCCCCAGCUGGGAUAGGCAAGCCAUAUUGUAUGACAGCUUCCCUAUUUCACCUACCUUAGUCUUUCUGUCAGAGGGCUCUAUUCAUGGUCAGCACCAGGGUCUCCCUGUCUUCUUGAGGGCAAUUCUAUUGUCUUCUGAAAAGUGCAUGCUUCAUUUGAACAAUUUAUUGAGCAGUAGAUGGAUUUUAAGUGAUUUACGAUAUAAUGUUGAUCCAAAGCGCAGGAUACCACAGUGGUAAAAUUGAGUAGCAUAUAGUAUCAUCAGACUCUAAAUUCUGUGUAAUCUGCUGCAACCCAGUUUGUAUGUGUUUUAUGUGUGUUUAAAUAAAUAUAUUAAAUACACAUGUCUAUACAUACACACAUAUAUAAUAGAUCCCAAACUGACUAACUUGAUUUGAAAUGGUUGAAUCUGCAGUGUAACAUGUGGUUCAACCAUGAUUAGGAGCUGAAAUUUAGAAUGAGAGAGAAAAGGACUUGAUAUAACAAAAUCUUUUAGCUACAAAUCCCGGUAUAGAGCACUUGGGGGAUGGGAGGGGGCGGGUUGGUGAGACAAUCAGAUUGGUAAAUUGAUUAAAUGCUCCUAACCCUGUAAUUUUGUGCAUAGAGCACCCUGUGCUAUGGAAAUAACUGUUCUUAGAUUUUCAUUGUAACUGGACUGUUCAGGUUGCCCAGAGGGAAAGAACAUUCCUAAUUCUAAUAAAAUAAACUUUUAUUUUGUUAUUCCAUUA